CGCUUAUAGCGUGAUUAUCAAUUAUGCCUCUGUCUUCAUGUAUUAUGUAUGUCUCUCUGUAAAUGUUAUUGUGAGGUUGUGCAUUAAAGAGGACUUGUAUUGUAUACAACAUAUAUUUACGGAUUUAAUAUACUGUAGACUAGGGUUUGCAAUCGGAAACCGGAAUGUAUGAAAUUAGUCGGAUCCGGAUCCGCGGAUCUUCCCAUACAUUUCAGAUCCAUCGUGCAAACCAUACGGAAGAUCUAUUAUGAUGAUUUUGUAUCGUUUAUGGUGAAAUAUUAAAACAUGCGGCAUUAAAAUAAAUGAAUAAAUGAUAUGUUGAUUUUCCCCUGUCGUACGGACAGCAAGCUAUCUCAUAUAAUAUCUGAGCGUCAAAUUGUAUGUAAAUGCUUCUGUCUUUACGUAAUUUGACGCUUUACCGACCAAGUAUCGUAGAUCGAGGGCAGACGCCUAGCCAAUAUACCAAUAUUUGAUAGAAACCGUCAAUCAGAACUUAAAUAAUGUACAUAAUUUGUGACGUUCUCAAGCAAAAGGUACCACAUUGUCGCUUGCCAUAAAAACGCUCUGACAGGUUAUUCGUACAAAAGAUAAGAGCAUAUUUCGUCCUUAUGGUAAGCGAAAAAGCGGUACCUUUUACUUGAGAACGUCAAAAAAAUGUGAGAAAUUCGUUCUGCAGGCAAGCAGUAGGCUUUAUGAUAUAGUACAGUCAGCAUCAAAAGUAGCGGAUCAAAUAACGUUUCAUAAGUAUCUACAUUCAUAUUUACAUCUCAUUCUGUAAAAGCUUACCAAAAAGUGAUGUCUUUAAUAUAGAAUAACUAAAUCUGUAAAAGAUAUACUUUUGAGCGCGAAUUUUAACAAUUUUUCUAUAUUUGGAACAGUUAUCCGGAAUAUCGGAUACUUUUGGCGCGUUGUUUCAUCCGCUACUUUUGAUGCUGACUGUACAGCAAAAUUAUAAACGAAUAGCUGUUAUAUGUUUUUUUUUCGAUUGCAGAUCCAGUUCUUAUAAAAAGUAACAAAAAGGGUGUAUAUCGGCUGCUAUAUCAACGUUAUAUGUUCUCAAGAGCUUCGAAAUCCAACAAGGGCGUGGUAUGGAAAUGUGUUGAUAGUAAAAGUGAGGAGUGUAAAGCAAAAGUCACCACAGACGACAACCUGAAUGUGGUGGUGUCCAAGGGAAAACAUAACCAUAAGAACCCGCCGUUGGAGUCUAAACCAAAACAUGUGUAUUUUUCGACUAUAGCAACCUAAGUUACUUUUUAUCGUGAUUUUUUUAAGCUUACCGAAUAAUGAACAUGUAUCCCAGACCGUCAAAAAUAAUAUAGUUUUCUAGGAAUAACAACUUUUUAAUCCAUAGAUCAACCACUCAUAGAAAUUUCGUUAUCUGCCCCUCUAUCGCUUGUCUGUAUUCGUGCGAUAGAGAGGAAGAUAAUUUCGAUUUUCAUUUCAAGCGGGUAGGCCCUCUAUUAAUAUUUCAUUUGAUGCUUGUGUCUACUAACAUAGAUUAUAAUAAUUGCGCAUAGGAUAAUAAUAAUUUAGAUUAUUUUUAAAUACAAUGUGUACGUGUAAAACAAGAAAAAAAUACUCACACAUUGGCACACUCAUUGGCUUUGUAUUUUUUUCAUGUUUUACAUGAAUAUUGUGAACACAACAAUGUAUGCUAACAAUGUGCCUGUGUAUGUUACGUAAAUAGAGUUAAAAGGGAUUUCCCAACCAGUAAGGCGGGCGCGCCUCAUUCAGGGGGCGUAGGGUUUUAAUAGGAAUUUUAAUCGAUUUUUUAUAGUGUACCGUUGUAUUCGCCUUCGCGCCGCUUUCCGCGACACCGCUAUCGCUAGGGACCCCACCCCGUCACCGAUAUGAACGGUCAGGAAAAAUAAUUACAGUACCCCUAGUGUAAAUUUGAUCGACAUCAUAACGUGACGAACGCGUUUGCGUUAAGUCUCAUUUUGUAUAGGAUUUUGAGUUUCCAAAACGUCCCGCCUGGCGCGCUCUUUCUAAAUCCAAUACAAAAUGAGACUAAACGCAAACGCGUACGUCACGUUUCGAAAUCGAAUUUAUUUACACUAGGGGUACAGAUCAGCGGUGGCAGCAUGGAUUCAUUUUUAUCACCUGUUAGAACGUGACAGGCAUGGUGACAGAUGAUGAAAAUGCGACCGUGCUGAGCCCGCAGGAAUUUUGUCAGGUAAUUCAAAAUUUGUAUCUGGUAACCCUAGGCGCAGCGAGCGAUUCCAGAUUUACCCCAUUAUUCAUAAAACUUUACAAGCCGCAAUGAGUUAUGUAUUCUCCAUUUCGGCACUUAGGGGUGUAGUACUUGAGCAUAACGUUGGAUGAGGCGCAUAGGGUAAAAGUUUGGGAACCCCUGAGCUAGAAUAAGAAUAUUGUAAGCUAUUGGUAUUAUUAUUUUUAUACGUGAUGUGCUUAUCAUUUGAAUUUUUAUUUUAUGAGCAUCAGAAAAAAAUUAUAUUGAUAAAUAUUAUUGCUAUGCUACAAUUUAUAUUAUGCUACAAAACAUUGCUAAAUUUAGUCGAAGGUAUAAUGCUAUUCUAAAAAAAACAACGGGUUGCACUCCGGGAGUCCCGGCAGACGUGAAAACUUGAAUAUUAUCGAUGUGCAUUUUUGAUAUUUUGGAAUGGUUAGGGAAUAAUUUUGCACGAAUUCCUUUAAUUAUCAGUAUAAAAGUACUAUCAUUUAUGUGGUAAAAUACCAUAUUCAUUUAUUGCGCUAUCGUACACAAAUAUGACAAUUUAACACUUCAGAACUAUUACAAAUAUUUAACAUUAAAAAGUUUAUCUCUGAAAAAUCAACUUCCAUACAUAAUUUCAACGACUACUCUACUGGCUUCAAUGACAUUGUAACAGUUUUUCGAUUAGGUCACGUGUCCGUCUUACGAAUUUUCAAUCUGUCUAAUAUGUCGGUCACGUGACCUGUCGCGAGUUUAAAAUUUUUUCGCCAUCACAAAAAGUGCACAGCGCCGAUAAAGAAGUUUUCACUUCAAAAAUUAUCAAUUUAUUUUUAAAGGCUCGGCUGUCAUUUGUUCGGGUGUUUUUUAAGCUUGAACCCCAAUUCUUUUAAAGUCGAAUAUCAUAAAAUUCAUAAAUUUUAAUAGUGUUGAUGAGAAAGCCCAAUGCCCGUUUUUUAUACACAUAUGCCGUACUAGUUACUCUCCGACUGCGUUUAAAACGUAUUCUUCUGGUGGCACUUACAAACCGGUUCCGCUGCACUGCCACAUACCUAUCUAACAUAUUUAUCACGUAAAUUCAAAUUAGAUACAGUUCUAUAAUAGCCCUUUAUAGGAAGCGUCUUGCUUCGACUUUUUAAAAAGCAAUAUUCAAGUCUUAAGUUUGUUUUCUAUAUUCACCCGAUAGUAUAAUUUGGGGUCAAAGUUAUUUAGGAAACGAAUGUGAUACAUUUUCACAAAAAUAAAUGUUUGCAUAACAUUAACAAAAUAUUUAGUUACUAAUUACACAAAAAAAUAGGACUUGCGAACUAUAUUUUACCUGUUACAGGCAACCAUAUAUGGCAGUUAUAAUAUUCAACUCUAUUGACAACUAUUAAAGUUUAAAAACAAAAUAUCCUCCCAGGGACCUUUCGGUGGGACUCAUCUCAGAGACCUUUAUAUAGGACAAAUUCCAAAACAUUAUUUACAGUACAUAUGGGGCUACUUUAUAGCACUAGUGCGAGAAGUAGCAUAUUACGUUACUGUGUCGAACAUUUAAAGGGCCAUAUGUACUGUAAAACGUUGUACGAUACAUGUGCGAAUAGGUAAUUCGCAACUCGUGUCGAUUUAAAACACUCCCUUCGGUCGUGUUUUAAUUUAUCGCCACUCGUUUCGAAUUUCCUAUUUUUCGCACUUGUAUCGUAAUGUACUAUUUUAACUUUCACUAAACAAGACAUGGUUCCAAAUUCAAAAACAAAACAUCGAUUCUGGCAUCCAGGAGGAUAUUUUUUAUGAUAUGCGUUAAGGGGUUAAAAUGAGAGCAACUACGUUUGCAUGGAGCACCGAGCUUGCUGGGGACCAUUAAGCAAAAUUUAUUUCUUUAGGUAUUACUUAAGUUCAGUUAUUUUUUGAAUGAAUCAAUAAGUUCGGUUUUUUUUAAAGUGUAUUGAUGUCUUGCUAGUUAUAGACAACUACGAGUAUUUGUUAGGUAUAGGCAAUGUAAGUUACACUUGGUCGGUUGCUGAUAAGAUUGCGCUCUGGUUGAAUCUUUAUGGCAAUUGCACCUUAUUGGCAAUCAAUAAGUGUCCUUUUGGUUGAAAACAAUUAUUUUAAAUACCUAUUUUACUAUGUUUAGUAUAUACAUUUAUCUCAUUUUUAAAAAUUUUAAAUGCCUUACUCAUGCGUCUACCUCAAAUGUAUGAAUAAAUGACAAUGUUGACGAAUAUAAGAUUAAAAAUAUUGAAAAUUAUAUGUUUUGAUUAAGUACGAAUAAAAAUAUAGAAAUAUCAGAAAUAAGAUAUUCAUAAAUAUUGUAACAUUUUUUUGUAGUUUUAUUAAAUAGAUUUAAUCAAUCGCGUUUUUUAAUCCCGUACCAAUCACUUAUCACACGAACAACUUCAAGACGAGAUAUACCUUUUUAAUUAUUUGUGAAACAACGACACCCAUUGUCAUAUGUAUAUUCACCUCCAAUAAUAUGUUACUCUUCGAAGGCUGCAAACAUAUAUAAAUAUAUGACACGCUCUUAUGGAUCUACAAAUAAGAUCGUGUCAGAUAUUUUUGCGGCCUUUGCUGUGUAACAUUGCAGGUUACUGUCAUUAUACGUUUUAAAUAAUAUUUGACAGGUCAGGCGGUUCUCAUCAUGUCAGAAAAAAGUAAGCCGCUUCUACUACACCGUCAAUACAAAUAUUGGAAGCAUCAUGUAACGGUAGAUAAGAUUUGUUGGUAUUGCUCAAUGACAAAAUCUCAAAUGUGCAAAGCUAGGGUGUAUACGGAUUUUUCUUAUGCGUUUAUAUACUCAAAAUAUCACCACACUCAUCCGCCUCGAAAUUUUACAUACUAGAGCAUAUACUAUAUAGAAUUAUGGUAUAUUUUUUCGUUCCAGAACCCCUAGUGUAAAUCUCAUUCGUUGGCGUGACAAGCGUUGUCUAUUUUUGUAUGGGAUUUAGAACAGCGCGCCAAGCGGAACGUUAAGGAAACUCAAUAAUCUCAUACAUAAUGACACUUAACCCUAACGCGUACGUCACGUCACGCUAUCGAAUGGAAUUUUCACUAGGGGUACAGGGUACCUAGAUCUCACAAUGUAUUUAUAGGUAUUAAAUUACGUUUAACUAUAGGUAUCUACUUGUCUUUUUCAUUUGACUUUUGGGUUGAAUCGCAAUAUAUUUUACAUUGCUUAAAAAUUUGAAUAAACAUAACUUGUAAAUAAGGAAUCCUUUGACCUGUGGUGUGUCCAACGGCUGAGACUCUACACCCACUAUAUACCCAGCGAUAAAUAUUGCACAUAGGUCUUUAGAAAGAGACAAAUGGCGACAACGAGAGAGAAAGUGACAACGAUCUACGGAGCCGAAAAUCCGAUGUGCUAUAUUUAUCGCCGGGUACUGUAAUAAAAGUGUCCGGCUUUGAAUCAAUCAUCCACAAAAAAUAAUUGGAAUGAGUUUGACUCUUUAGUUUGCUCGUUCUUAUGUCAUCGUCAUUUAAACACAAUCGUGAAUGCUUUUCAUUUGUUCCAUAGAUAGAUCUUGUACUUACUUGAGGGUACUUGCACACUUCCAGUGUACGUGGUGACGGCGGUAGAUGGCGCCACCCUCCUCAUGCUGGACGGCUACUCGUUCUCUAACCCUUCUCCGUUGCCAGGAGGCGAACGCUGGUUCUGCUCGGGCAGGGCUAAGUGGAAAUGCUCUGUCUGUCUCCAUGUUAACGACGAUUAUGAGCUGGUCAGCAUAUCCAAUAAACACACACAUUUGCCGCCGGUUUAUGAAAAAACUAGUAAAGGACUUUUUGUUGAGACUGUGCAUUAGAAUAGUACGUCAGUAACGUGUCUAGUUGUCUUACGGAAAAUUAGAAGAGCAUUUUUGUAAGAUCAAUGUGGAGUAGAUCGUCUAUUACGUAAGACCGUCUACAAGCCCUUUCGGUGCUUCUUGCGCUUGUACACAUACUAGAAGGUCGGUAGAGCAGAAGGAGCAAAGCUCUUACUUUCUGCGUCUGAGUGAAGUACUUUUACAAGUAAGAGAGUUCUUGCCAUAUAACGGUCUUCGCAUCCAAUAAUUGUAUGUCCGCCGGUCUUGUCCACAUUGACCUUAAUAUUAAAAAGAUGAUCCAUAAAUAAAGUUUUAUAAUAAGAGCCUAAAUUGUUACACUAGUAGAAUAAGUCAAGAAAAAACACUUAUAUAUCUGCUCUCUUUCUGUAGUCAUUGUCUAUAAGCAAUCUAUGGUUGUUCAAGGCAAAAUAUAUUAAUGCCUUUAUUAUGUAGCUAGGUAUUAUGAACUUGAUAAAAACGAGUUGGUUGUGUUGAAAUUAUGUGCAGGGUGUUCGUAAAUUGGCCAUUUUUUUAAGAUUAGAAAAUAUUAAUAUAAGAUAUAUUUUAAAUCUAAGACGAAUGUUGGAUGACCCCCCUGAAACCGCCUCUCCAUACAAACGUAUAGUCUAGCAAGUCAAAUGCAGUAAAUAAAAACAAAAAACUAUACCCAUUCCUUUCUUUUUGUGCUAGUACUAGCGUAAGACAAAGACAGUAAGAUUAUCUUUGUCUGUGCUAGAAAUUAGACAGUCCUUAGCCAAACUACAGUCUUCAUUUGCCUCUGGAUAUUAACAUUAUUGAUAAUAUUUGGUUUACAAUUUUUAAUUAUUAUAAAAGUUAGGAGCAUUUCAAAAUGUUUGUAGAAUUUGUUUUUUGCUCGCAAAUCAAACGGAGAGGCAUAGCUAUGGUUAUGUUAUUAUGUAUACAUCAAAUUGUAUAAAAUAUUUUCUAUAUUGUUAAUAUCCAUGAAGGUAAAUCCGGACUACGUUUGUAUGGAGAAGCGGUCGUCCCCUUUCUAUUUACAGAGGCCCACUGAUUACGAGUUCGCCGGACAAUAUCUGCCUGUCAGUUCGUUUCGCAAGCUGACAAUUCUUGAUUGUCAGCUUUUGCGAAUAACUUACAGGCCGAUAGCGUCCGGCGAACUGGUAAUCAGUGGGCCCCUUAAGGGUGCAUUACACUGGAUCGUUUAAAAUCCAUUGUUUCAUGCGAACAAGCUUGAAUCGAAUCGGUGUAAUAGCGCCAUAACCUGUGAAGUACAAAACACGAAUACUUGCGAUUUUUAUAUUUGUAAUAUUUACUUCUUUAAAUGUAGUUUUUAUGAGUUUUUAUAAUAUUUGGUACCAGAUUUUCAGCUUAGAAUUUGUCUAGUGUUAUUUAGAUUAAUCAAUAAGAUUUUUUGAUCUCGUUUCAGGAAGAUAAAAAAUUGCAAAGUAAUUAUAUUCCAUUCUGGAAUCAAAAAUAGUUUUAGCAUUUACAUUCAUAGCUUCAAUGGAAUAAAUUAAAUUGUAUACGAACGUUUGCCUUCAGUGUACAAAAGCAGUACUAUAAUCUACAUUAGAAAUUUAAUAUUAUUGCCAUGGCUCAUGUUGGUGUACCUACGUACCACGUAAAAUGCAAAUAAAUUAUUAAUUAUUCGAGAUUUACUAUUAAUGUCUUGGUACACUGGUAGGUUUAAUUAAUAACAAACAGAGGAAAGUACCUGUUUUACCUAAUACACGACUUAAAGUAACCGUAAGUAGGUAGGUAGCUACUCUUAUUAUUAUAAAAAAUACAAUCUUACAUAUUGACAGCAUAAUAUGUCAGUCGUACCUAAACAGGCUACUUAUACGUCAGGCAAAAGGAAAAUAGCAGACUCAAUCGAGUAAUACAUAUCCAAACCCUACCCCCAGAUUAGAUUUAGAUUUAUUUAUUUUCAUAACGAUAAAUUACAGUAUAAAUUAUUCUUAUGUUAAUCUAUAUGAAUUUACAUUAUGAUCGUCAAAAUAAAAUAAAUUAAAAAAUGUAUUUUAAUAAGGAUUUACAAUUCAGCAUGUUGGUAAUUACACUAAUUACAAAGAACAUAUGUUAAGAUUAAGAUAUUUUAUUCUAAUACAUGUUCGUUAUUUUAGGUCAAAUAACAUCAGCAUGGAAAGUUGAAAUAAUGAGCGAUGGCAAUGAAUCGGUGUUCGAUGCUUCAGAUUAUGAAGACCGAGAUAUCGAACUUGAUAGCGGCAGUGAAAUGAGCUUAGAUGAAAGUGAAAAUUGUGGCGCAUUUAAAGAUCGUAGUCGGUCGCCUACUCGCCGCCGCAGUCGAUCUUCUACCAGAAGUCAUGCUAGUCGGGACCGAUCAAGAUCGGGAAGGCGAAGCCGUUCUGUUGACUCAGACCCAUCUAAUAAAUUACGAAAAUGGCGACAAUCUUCCUAUGAUGAUAAGGAUCAUUCAUGGUACCCAUCUUAUCCUGCUCUUGCUUGUCGCUCACCCUUUGAAUAUUUCCAAGAAUAUUUCGAUGAUGAAUUCUUUCAAACCUGCGCAGAAUGUACCAAUUUAUACUAUAAACGCAAACACCGAGGCAACGAGCUUAAUACGACAGCGGCCGAAAUCAAGAAUCUCUUUGGAGUUCUACUUGUUAUGGGGUGUAUCAGUUAUCCCAGGACACAUAUGUAUUGGCGCCAAAAAAUGCAACUGCUGCUGAUUUCUAAUGUUAUGUCUAGGGACCGUUUCUGUUUGCUGCGUGAGCAUAUUCAAAUAGUACCCACUGACAAGGCUCCAUCGGUGAAUAAAACUGCUCUUUGGAAAGUUCAACCUGCAAUCGAUGCCGUACGUAAUGCUUGUAGGAAAUUAAAAAGAAUUCCUUCAUUUUAUAGUGUGCACGAGCAUAUGAUACGGUUGACUGAAAAAUCUCACAAUAAUCCCUGCAGUAAAUCCAAGCCUAUUGGUUUGAAAAAUUACAUUGUUACCACUGGUGAGGGGCUGAUAGUUAAUUUCGAAAUAAAUUGCUCAAAGAGCCCAAAAUUGGACCGCUCUAUAGGAGAAGGGCCGGGAGUAGUUCUUUGCUUAGCUCAAGAUAUUCCACGUGGAAGCUGUAUAUAUUUCAACAAAUACUUCAAUACAAUUCCGCUGUUGGAUAGGUUAAGCGAGAUGGGUCUACACGGUACUGGUACCAUAGGUGCAAAUAGAGUACCGAACGGCAAGGAAUUGAACCUCUCAGAGAAGGAAGGUAUGAAGAGUGGUGAUAUUCAGCAGUAUGUUUCUGGAGAAGUCGCGCUAGUUAAAUGGGUCGAUACUCGUAAUAAAGCUGUUUUGAUAGCGUCGAACUGCACAGGAGGUGAUAACGUUAAAACUGUACAAAAAUUCAACAAUAAAGGUAAAGAACUCAUACCAGUGAAAGCCCCUCAAGUCGUUAUGAAUUAUAACAAGAAUAUGGGCGGGGUGGAUAUUCUCCAUCAGGCCUUUGAAUAUAACAAGACAGUUCAAAGAACUAAGAAAUGGACUGUAAAGGUUUUGAGUCAUCUUUUGGAUUUGGCUGUUGCAAAUGCUUGGCGACAAUAUAGACUUGACCGUCAGGGACAAGGCCAGUCAUCGAGAAAAGACAAAGACUUACUUUGGUUUCGACUAGACGUCGCCGACUGUCUGACGAACUGCCCUGAACGAGAACGGCGAGAAGAGGCCUCCGAUACAGCUGACAAUGCAUUAUUAACUCUUGGCAAAUACAAGCAAACGGCACCGCCGUCAGUAGGAAAGCGGUACGAUGGAUAUGACCACCUGCCGAUUUUUGACGAUUCCUUACAAUCGCCUCGUGCCUGUCGUCUUGAACAAUGUAAUUCCAGAACGAAGAUCAUUUGCUCGAAGUGUGAUGUCUACAUAUGCCUUUCGAGGGCUAAUAACUGUUUUUACGCAUAUCAUAAGAAGGAGGUAAAUGAUAAAUAUAAAACUAUUAAAUAAAAUAAGUACUACGAUCCAAAUAAAAACUACUUAUCAAUUAAACAAAAAUUAUAUAUUAAGCUCAAUAACGAGUGUUAACGCCUCGUCUUUGUUCGGGCAUCUUCGGGAGCCGACGCAAUGCAUGGUGCGGGGCGCGGAGAAGUGGGGCCGGCAGCGGCAUUCUCUCAGCAAACUUGCGACGGACGGUUGUGCCCGUCCGCUUACAAUCAGUGAUAACUUUUAACAUCUAUGUAUCACCAAAGUUAAUUAUUAUAUGUGCAUGUAUUGGA